AGAGUUGUAACGCUACAUUUUUUUAUUUGGCGAUCUCUAGAUCUCGCUAGAUCUGGACUUGUGGGACCUUUCUCCUCCCAAAAGGUGUGAAAGGUAAGUUAAUUUAAAAGAAAAUUAAAGUAAUUGAUUUCCGGUAAAUAUUUCAAUCAGCUCUAAUACACCUGUCAAUGGUUUCCCCCAGCGGGGGAUCAGGCAUACCCACGGGGCUAGGCAUAAAAUUGAAGAAGGACUAAGCCCGAAACGUUUAGAUUACCAGCGGAUGUUUGACACUUUUAUAUCUGAUUUAUCAGCAGUGUCACGCAUCCUAUGGGUUUUUUUGUUUAUUCCUACGGAAUGAAAUUGUCUCCCCUGGGUUGGGAGUUUGACAAGACUGUGUUGCCCAAGGACCAAGAAGAUUGUUAACAUUGGGUUGAUGGGGACAGUAGAAGUACCAUACAAACCAUAAGACCUACCUUCAAGCCUGACAUUUUGGCGCGUACCUGAUCGUAGACGUUGAAAAGUGUAACUGAUGAGUGGAAGAUGAGCGGUGAUACAAAGUAUGAUGUUGCAGUCAUUGGCGCUGGGAUUUCUGGAAUUGUAACAGCAAAAUGUCUUCUGGAUGACAAAUUCAAGAUCAUUGUUUAUGAGAAGACUGGGCACAUUGGAGGCCUGUGGCAGUUUACAGAAGAUGGAUACGGAGUCAUGAGCUUUACCCAUAUCAAUGUCUCCAAGCAUAACUACUGCUUCUCUGACUUCCCAUUUCCUGAUGAUGUGCCUGAUUACCCACACCACACCCACAUGGCAGAGUAUAUCAACAGCUAUGCUGAACACUUUGGUAUCAAGGAUCAUAUUAGUUUCAGUACCAAAGUGGUUAGAGUUGAAAAAGUCUCUGAGGGGUGGAAAAUAACAUCUGUCAAAGUUGACAAUGAAGGAAAAGAUCAACACAUCUACAAGGAAACAUUUGUCAAGUUUGUUGCCAUAGCAACUGGGCAUCAUGCCAAGCCAAGCAUGCCACAUUUUGAUGGCCAGGAAACAUUUCCUGGGAGAAUUUUUCACAGUGUAGAAUACAAAAAUGCCACAAGUAAUGGUCUUGUGGGAAAGAAAGUUGUUGUAGUAGGAAUCGGUAACAGUGCUGUUGAUGUAGCCGUAAAUGUUGUAGAAUUAGGUGGUAAAAAGCCUGUAAGUAUUGCUACAAGGUCUGGUGCAUGGAUUAUACCCAAUUAUAUCCUGGGUUUCCCAGCUGAUCAUUAUGCUUGCCGCCUUUUCUUAUGGCUUCCCUGGGGUUUGUCAAAUUUUAUCUUUGAAUUUGUAAUUAAGAGUGUGUCAGGGAGCCCAUGGCAGUUGAAUUUGAAUCCCAAAAUGCGUGCUCGUCAAACCCAGCCCACUGUUAGCCCCACAUUAGUGCAUCAUAUUCAGAGAAGAAAUGUGAUGGUAAAACCUAACAUUGCAGCAGUGGAAGGUAACAAAGUUGUCUUUACCGAUGGCACUAAAACUACCACAGACACAAUAGUCUGUUGUACUGGGUAUAAAAUUGAUUUACCAUUUUUAGAUAGUAGUUUAAAAGAUCUGGUUGUAGAAGAAAAUUCUAACAAGAUUAAGCUAUUCAAACAUGUCUUUGUUCCAGAAAUCGGAGCCUCUUUGGCAUUUAUAGGUUUUGUCCAGCCAACAUCGGGUGGAUUACUUUCAGUUUCUGAAAUCCAGGCGAGAUGGUUCUCUGAGCUUUGUAAAGGUGUGAUCAAACUCCCAUUGGUGGAAAAAAUGCAGCAAGAAAUUAAACAAGACCAGCAAAAAAAUGAGAGCACCUACUUUGCGUCAGCUAGACACACCAUUCAACAAGAUCCUUUGAAUUACAACGAUGAAAUUGCAUCUUAUUUUGGUGCGAAACCACAACUGUGGAAGCACCCAUCUUUAGCUUGGCAUUUGAUUGUAAGUUCAUGUGGUGCAGCUCAGUGGAGGUUACAAGGUCCACACAAGUGGAACAGGGCUAAAAACGUUGUGCAUGCUGUUCCAAUCACACCAUUGAUGCAUUAUGGCACCUUGUUUGUGCUUGUUUUAUUACUCUUGAUCAUAGGUUUCAUCAUAGUUAAAUGUUUUUAACUAAUAUCACAUGAACCCCAAAGUUCAUCUUGCUACAUUUAAAACAUUGUAAUCAAUUGCAAUUAAUUACAUAAAUAAUUUUGUCAUGUUAUGCUAUGGAUCAAUUUACAUAUAGAGUAACAUAUACUGUAGGAAAUUAAGUCAUUAUAAUUUAUCAUAUUUGUUUUCUAGAAAGCAGUAAAUUAAAUUUGAAUUUUAAAUCAUGAUAGAACAUUUCCAACAUUAUGUUAAUCAUUAGCGGUACUUGUUUUACUAGCAGAGGUAUAUGAUAUAUUAAAUACUAAGAUUUGUUGCAUGUGUUAUCAGGUCCAUCGACAUUUCACACUUCACUUUGAUUCUCCCUCUAAAUUGCAUCAAGGCUCAAAGAAAGUGCUGUCUGAUUGUCCAGGACAAGCAAAUUUUCCUGCUGGGCAAUUGACUUUCCAUUCUCGCCUGUUCAAUGGGCACAGGCCCCAGCAAGUUGUCUUUAAACUAAAUAACAAUAAUAAAAAAACAGUAAAUUAAGACUUGCCAAUGGCAAAUAAAAUGUAAGAGCUGCUUGUCCAAAGGGCAAGCUCCAAUUCAAGUUUGUUUCGAGCCCUGUUGCAUGCUUAACAAAUUAUACUUACCGGUAUUACAAAGUUAUAUUGAAACCAAAGUGUAGUAAACAUGCCAGAGGAACUUAUCAGGUUUCUUGAACU